AGGCUCCGCCCAGCUGGCCCGGCAUCCCUCGCGCCGGCAGAGUCAAGAUGGAGGAGUACGCGAGGGAGCCCUGCCCUUGGCGAAUUGUGGAUGAUUGUGGUGGGGCCUUUACGAUGGGUACCAUAGGUGGUGGUAUCUUUCAAGCAAUCAAAGGUUUUCGCAAUUCUCCAGCGGGAGUAAACCACAGGCUACGAGGGAGUUUAACAGCUAUUAAAACCAGGGCUCCACAGUUGGGAGGUAGCUUUGCAGUUUGGGGAGGUUUAUUUUCCAUGAUUGACUGCAGUAUGGUUCAAGUCAGAGGGAAAGAAGAUCCAUGGAACUCCAUCACAAGUGGUGCCUUAACAGGAGCCAUACUGGCAGCAAGAAAUGGACCAGUGGCUAUGGUUGGGUCAGCUGCGAUGGGUGGCAUUCUCCUAGCUUUAAUUGAAGGAGCUGGUAUCUUGUUGACAAGAUUUGCCUCUGCACAGUUUCCCAAUGGUCCUCAGUUUGCUGAAGACCCCUCUCAGUUGCCUUCAGCCCAGUUACCAUCCUCACCUUUUGGAGACUAUCGACAAUACCAAUAGGACUUCUUUCCCAGGAUUUCUUUAACAGAAUGAGCUGUAGUUCAAGAAGGAAUUUCAGAAGAUAAGUUACAGUCUGUUUUUAAAACCAUAGGUGGGACAGCUAUAGCCAAAUAGGCUUUGAAGAGACACUUAGCUCUUUUUUCUAUUUAAAAGAACAUUGGGGGGGGGAAUGUUAAAAGACAAUACAUUUAUUUAUUCACAUGUGGAUUGCAUUUGUGAUAAAAAUAAAUGUCUAAUAUCUGUAAAAGAAAAUAUAAUAAAUGUUUAGAAGAUGAAGGACCAAAGGGCAAAUGAAGAGUGACCAUCAUUUCCUUGGGGAUUUCUCUGCCUGGUUUUGUGUGUCCUGUCAAACAAUAAAAAACUAGAACUUACUCUUUCUUUUAAGAGAAGUUAUAGAGUUCUACUCUUCAUCCUCAAAUAUUCAAACAAUGCAAAGUUGAAUGUUGAAUAUUGCAUGUUUUAUAGUUGGGCUCUCGUCUCACUUGAAGUAAAAUAUGUAUGAGAAGAAUUAUGCAGAGUUAACAUGGAUCAUUUCUCAGUAAACACUUUAUGGAUUGAGGGUUAAAAUACCCUUUACUUUGAAAGUAAAAUAUGGUAUUUCUUGGUUUUGAAGAUGUCAGAUGUAAAACUUUCUUUACCUUUGAGGCUCCUGUGUCUUUCUUUUUUCUUUUUUUUUUUUUUUAAGGUUUUACUUAUUUAUUUAGAGAGCCAGGGGGUAGAGGCAGAAGGAGAGGGAGAGAGAAUCCCAAGCAGACUCUGUGCUGAGCAUGGAGCCCAACACGGGGCUCGAUUCCACAACCCUGAGAUCAUGACCCAAGCUGAAAUCAAGAGUCAGACGCUCAGUCAACUGAGCCACCCAGGCACCCCUCCUGUGUCUUGGUUCUUGAUCAUCACCAUCCUCACCAGAAACAACUUCUUCCAAUUUUACCCAAUUCUGUAUGAGAAGAAUUCAUGGAGGGUAUAGUAGCCCUGGAAAAGUUUGGUGUUUAUUGUGUGCUUAAAAAUAAAAUGUAUGCUGAUUUUAGUA